UCUACUAGAACUGAAGCUCUCUGCUUCAAACUGAUGGGAGAGUGGACCUGGUGAAGGUAACCAUCGACCACUGUUCCCUGGGAUCGUGACCUUGUUGGGCUUGUUGGUGGAGCCGUUGCAACGCGCGAGGAAAGCGCGUAUGUGCUUAGCAGGGGAAGGAGGGGGGAAAGGUCUCUUGAAGAUGCGGAGAGGCGUUGAGCUCGCGCUCGCCGCCGAGGGUUUGAAUAGGCUAGGCAAAGGGCUUGGACUGUAGAAAGGAAAGCCUGAAGAUUUCACCGCUGGAGUUUGAUCGGAGGAAAACAGAGUUUCAGAGGAAGAGAUAGACUACACGCAAAAGAGGAGGAAGAAGAAGAAGGAGAGAAGCGAGAUUCGUUACAUAUCCUUUGCCAUUGCAUCUCAAAUCCUUCAACGAAACAACAAUCAGAUAGCAAGCUCAACGGUUUGAAGUGAGAGGUUAAAGAGAGAGAGAGAGAGAGAGAGAGAGCUCACAUAGCGACGAGAGAUGGCGCCGGAUUCGGACUUCCGGGGGAGAAGAAUUCGGCGGAUUCCGAUGUACUGUGGAUCUGAUUCGGCUGUUACCGGCUGCAUCAUACAGCUCAGAAACUCGAAAUCUUUUGAUGGCUUCGGCUUCUCUUCCCCUCACAAAACACAUCCCUUUCCCGAUCCAAUCAGACGUUGCCAGCGCAUCAAGGAUCAACCACAAAUAAAUCCUUCACUAAGGAUUCAACCUCAGCGUAACGUCAAGUUUAAUUAUUAUUUUAUUUUUAAUGCAUAAGAAUUAGCGCUAAGAAAUAGCUAAUAUCCCGCGUUGCAGCUGGUCUUACAUUGUUUAGUACAACUACUAUAUAUAUAUAUAUAUAUAUAUAAGUUAUGUACAAAAAGUGAUGUAAUUCACUCAUUUACCUACGGUACACAAGAUCAAUGCAUAUGACUCAACUUGCAACACCAUUUUUAAAAAUAAUAUUGUCAAUAAUCUAAAGAAUUAUUCAUGAAUUAUAAUGUAACAUAUAAUCGUAUACUAACUAGUUGACUAAUUACUCAACUAAUUAAGCUUCUACUAUUUGACGAUACCCAUUUGCAUUACACCACCCUGCCGACCCAAUACGUAUUCAAAAUCUCAGUUGAAAAAAAAAUAACAUUCUUUAUUUAUCAAAACGUCUAAGACACACACUUGUCUUAAAAUAAAUAAAAUAGAAAUCUAUAAUAGUAAAUAGUAGUAAUACAUUUGCAAUCCCGAACAAAAUCAACAUUUAAAAAUUAUAUUACAAAUAAAUAAAGGAAAAAUAAAGAAACAAAAUCGUGAACACAUGGUUGCAUGAGAGAUACUUCUCUCCUAAAGAUCCACUUCCUCUAAACCAGAAUCUUUCCUCUUUCUCUAAUCAUAUCAAAUCUCCCUAUAUAUACACACAAACACAUUGAUAUAUAUAUAUAUAUAAACACCCUGAACUCUUCACUAAAUUACAAAACUAAAAAAAGUUUGUACUUUUCAUUUCUCCUGUGAUCUCUUACCAAUGGAGCAAGAACUACCUUCUAGUACCAGACCCAAGCCCAAGCUACUAAACCGGCUCAACACAUACGUGGGCUCAAGCCGGGUCGGUAAGCGGUUCAAACUCGCCGAACGAAACUCAACUUUCACGACGGAGCUCCGCGCCGGUACGGCGACUUUCCUCACCAUGGCUUAUAUCCUCGCCGUGAACGCCUCCAUCCUCUCCGACUCCGGCGGAACUUGCUCUGUCUCCGACUGUGUCCCCCUCUGCUCAAACCCAACGCUCCUACCUUCCCAGUGUACCGGACCGGGUCUAAGACUAAUCCAACCGGAUAUAACAUGUAAAUUCGAUCCGGUUAAUCCCGGUUACGCAGCCUGCCUAGAAGGACUCCGAAAGGAUCUUAUCGUCGCCACCGUGGCUUCCUCCUUGAUCGGAUGUGUAAUCAUGGGACUGAUGGCGAAUCUUCCUCUAGCGUUAGCUCCGGGAAUGGGAACAAACGCUUACUUCGCUUACACAGCCGUCGGUUUUCACGGAUCCGGUUCAAUCUCGUACCAAACCGCUCUCGCCGCGGUUUUCAUCGAAGGAUUAAUAUUCCUCUUCAUCUCCGCCAUAGGCUUCAGAACGAAGCUAGCGAAACUCGUCCCUAAACCGGUCCGAAUCAGCUCCUCGGCCGGUAUAGGCCUCUUCCUCGCCUUCAUCGGUUUACAAAACAAUCAAGGACUCGGUUUAGUCGGUUACAGCCCCUCCACUCUAGUAACUCUCGCCGCGUGUCCAUCCUCGUCACGUGCCUCGUUAGCUCCCGUUAUAACGUCGGCUAACGGAACCGUCGCUUUACUCGCUGGCGGUUCAGUUUCUGGCGAUAUCAUGUGCCUCCACGGACGCAUGGAGAGCCCCACCUUCUGGCUGGGCAUCGUCGGGUUCGUGAUCAUCGCUUACUGCCUGAUCAAGAACGUGAAAGGAGCGAUGAUCUACGGGAUCGUCUUCGUAACGGCCGUUUCGUGGUUCCGUAACACGGAGGUAACGGCGUUUCCGAACACAACGGCGGGAGAUAACGCGCACGAUUAUUUCAAAAAGAUCGUCGACGUCCACGUCAUCAAGAACACGGCGGGAGCGUUAAGCUUCUCGGGGAUAAGCAAAGGGCAUUUCUGGGAAGCGUUGGUGACUUUCCUCUACGUGGAUAUUUUGGACACGACGGGGACGCUCUACUCCAUGGCGAGGUUCGCCGGAUUCGUCGACGAGAAGGGAGACUUCGAGGGGCAGUACUUCGCGUUCAUGUCCGACGCGUCCGCGAUCGUGAUCGGAUCGCUGCUCGGGACGUCGCCGGUGACGGUUUUUAUCGAAUCGUCGACGGGGAUAAGGGAGGGAGGGAGGACGGGGCUGACGGCGAUCACGGUGGCGGUUUAUUUCUUCUUCGCGAUGUUUUUCACGCCGCUGCUGGCUUCGAUUCCGGCGUGGGCGGUUGGUCCGCCGUUGAUACUGGUGGGGGUGAUGAUGAUGAAGGCGGUGACGGAGAUAGAUUGGGGAGAUAUGAGGGAGGCGAUUCCGGCGUUUGUGACGAUGAUUCUGAUGCCGUUGACGUACUCGGUGGCGUAUGGGUUGAUCGGAGGGAUUGGGACGUAUGUUGUGUUGCAUCUGUGGGACUGGGGUGAAGAAGGUAUGGUGAAGUUUGGGUUCUUGAAAAGGAAAGUUGAGGAAGAAGAAGAAGAGGUUAAUGAUACUAAGAGCAUCAUUAUAGGUGGGAUUUAUUUUAGGGCCCUUAACUAUUAUUUAUUAUUAUUUUUUGCUUAGGGACUAAAGUAAGGGAUUUGGCUAAAUUAGUUGAUUAUUGGUGGGACUUAUGUUGUCCCUUAGUUAAUUUAAUUUAUUAUUUUAAUUAAUAAAUAAUGACAUAUAUAAUAUUUAAAUAAAACAUUAAAAAUUAAAAUGUAAUAUUAAAAUUGAAAACAUAAGAAAAGUACAUUUUUGAAAGAAAAUACAAACAUCAUAAUAAAAAAAAUAGAAAACAUAA